CUUCAAGAUAUUAAAGUCGCGUGUAUUCAAUGCUGCAAGCGAACCUGGUUGAUGCUGAGCCGUGAAGUUUUACACCCCGUUAUACCUUGUUUCAUUCACCUCUAGAAGCUAUCGGAACAUUGAAAAUGAGAGGAGAAUACUGUAUUGGAGGUGCAUCCUUGCUUUCAUUCGUUGCACUAUUGCUAUUAAUCUUUGUCCAUGUUGGGCAAAUAAAUACCUCACUUGUUCCACAUGGAAUUUCAAUGGCAAAAAUCAACACUUCAGGGUUCGGCCAGGCACUGAGUGAUGCCAUCCUUGAUCCGGAUCAAGGCAUAUACACCACCAAUUAUACAUCACCGCUCGGCCAGCAGAAUGGGCUGAGGCAAACCUACGAGUUCGGCCUCUAUUCCUAUUGUGCAUACGUUAACAGCUCUGCUGGAACAUGCACCAAUCACACCAUUGCCGACAAGUUCGAGCCUUACAUUGCGUUAACGUCCGAUAUGCUCACCAACUACUCACAAUAUUGUCAUACAAUGUUUGCUAACACGACGUUCAUCAACUCAUCCUACCUGGGUUAUAAUUCUCGCGUUGCAUACUACUUCAUCCUCAUUGGAACUAUAUUUGCCACCAUGGCAUUGUUCACUGGUGUCUUAAGAAAGGCACUCCCGUUCGUUAUUUCAACGGCUUCAUCGAUAAUUGCUGCGAUAUCCAUUCUCAUUGGCGCUGCCAUCUGGACAUCCAUCGUCAAAAAGUGCGAAGGCAUCAAUACCCUGGACCUCGUACCACUCAAUGGUGACGUUGUAUCAGGGAUGAUUGUGUCCUAUGGGAAUGGAAUAUACCUUACGUGGGCAGCCUUCGCCUGUUUGGCCGCAGCCACAGUGCCAUACAUGGUUAGCUGUUGCACAUUCCGAGGAUGAGUGUUUGAUGCUGGCCAUCACCCGCAGACUUCAGCGGUGGACUUUCAUGAUAAGCGAUAACCUAUCACGAUCAACGUUGUGACUCCCCUCGUGGGACUCAUCAAUGAGGACAUUUAGACUAUACAACUAUGUAUUAUUAUUCAAUUUAUGAUGAAAUGAAAGUGACGCAGUUGUUGAUGCUC